AUGACAGAUGAAUGUACUGCAAACAGAUUGCGAGUAUCCUAUGCGCGUAUUCUGGUUGAAAUGGAUAUUACAAAGGAACUACCUCAAUCAAUCACCAUAGCUGAUCAUGCUGGAGAAAAGAUGCAACAGUCAAUUGAGUAUGAGUGGAGACCUCUUUUCUGCAACAAAUGUCAAAAGAUAGGUCACUGCUGUGAAAAGCCUAAGAUGAGGAAACAAUGGAUACCAAGGAAUGUGAAACAACCUGAAGCUAAUGAGAUGUCUAAUAAGAGUGGGGAUGCUAAUAAAGAGCCUCUUGAAAUAGGAAAUGUCAAUUUGGAUAUAGUUCAGAGCAGGAAGGAGAAUGAUGGCUCUACUGCUGCUGAGGUUACUUCUAUCAGAAAUAAGGAUGUGGAAAAAGUUAUGGAAAAAUGGACUGAGGUUAUUAAAAGUGGAAGAGAUAGAGGUAAAAUGGUAGGUAAUGUUGAAGCUGCAGGUGUAUUUUCACAUGACAAUGGGUUUGAUGCUCUAGAGAUUUUGAAGGAUCUCCUAGAGGCUCAAAACACUGGCCAAUGA